AUGCCUUACCCUAUGAUUACUCGAUCAGCCUUGAGGCAAUGUUUGGAAAAUCCUCUCAGACCGCAGUAUAAUGGAGGAAUCAUUGUUAACCCAGAACUAAAUGAUGGACUAAGAGCAUGGUCCACAUUUGGAGAUGCGAAGACAGAACAUAGAGAAUCCAAUGGCAACAAAUACGGUGCGGCUCAUUCCAGGGAUAAUCCAUAUGGGAGCAUGGCACAGAAGCUUUACUUGAAAGAUAGCCACCUCUAUACUUGCUCUGCCUGGGUACAAGUUAGCGAGGGAAAUGUUCAGGUAACAGCCAUUUUCAAGACAGAUUCUGGCUUCAAAAAAGCUGGUUCCGUUUUUGCUGAGCCAAAGUGCUGGUCCAUGCUUAAAGGUGGCCUUACAGUGGAUGCAUCCGGCCCUGCUGAGCUAUAUUUUGAGAGCAACAACACCUCGGUCGAAAUAUGGGUUGAUAGCAUCUCAUUGCAACCGUUCACCGAGAAAGAAUGGAGGUCUCAUCAAGAUCAAAGUAUUGAAAGGACUCGAAAUGAGAAGGUUAGAAUCCAAGCCAUAGACGAACAAGGCAAUCCCCUCUCAAAUGCAACGAUCUCCAUUAAACAAAACAAACUGCGCUUCCCAUUUGGUUGUGCUAUAAACAAGAACAUCCUCUCCAACACUGCCUACCAAGAUUGGUUCACCUCAAGGUUUGGAGUGACAACAUUUGAAGAUGAAAUGAAGUGGUACAGUACCGAAGCUACACGUGGCCAUGUUGACUAUUCAGUUCCUGAUGCCAUGCUGGCUUUUGCCAAGCAACACAAUAUAGCCGUCCGAGGCCACAAUGUGAUUUGGGACAAUCCUAGGUACCAAAAUGGAUGGGUAAAGUCACUCUCACCGAAUGAUUUUCGAACGGCUGUACAAGCAAGGGUAGGGUCAGUUAUGACAAGAUACAGAGGCAGGCUUAUAGCAUGGGACGUUGUUAACGAAAAUAUGCCUUUUUCUUUCGUUGAAAGCAAAUUAGGACAGAAGGCUUCUUCAGUUAUCUACAACUGGGCUGGUAAGACUGAUGGACUCACUACAUUGUUUCUGAACGAGUUUUAUACCAUUGAAAGGAGUGGUGAUGUUGCCGCUUCACCUGCUAAGUACCUUCAAAAGCUCAAAGAAAUCCAGAGUUUUCCUGGGAAUGCCAAUUUGCGCAUGGGGAUUGGACUAGAGUCUCACUUUAACAUUCCAAACCUUCCUUAUAUGAGAGCUUCCCUUGAUACUCUUGCUUCUGCUAACGUUCCCAUUUGGCUCACAGAAUUAGAUGUUCAAGGCAACCCAGCUCAGCAGGGAAUAUACCUGGAGCGAUUUCUAAGGGAGGCAUCAUCUUACCCAAAAAUUGCUGGAAUAGUGAUGUGGUCAGCAUGGAAGCCACAGGGGUGUUACAGCAUGGGUUUGACUGAUAACAAUUUCAAAAACUUGGCUACCGGAGAUGUCGUGGACAAGCUUUUGCAUGAGUGGGGGGGUUCACGUAUGGGCCUGACAGAUGCUAAUGGCUUCUUCGAGGCUUCCCUUUCCCAUGGAGACUACAAUGUGAAGAUUAUCAGCCAUGGUGUGACAGAUAUAUCUUCCUCAACUACUAACCUUAAGGUGGAUCCAACUGUUGGCGGCAGAACAACUUUGAUCCACCAAGUUACUGCUUGA